CGUGGGGCAUCCUCCUCCUCGUUUCCAUGGCCUUUGCGCUCGGCAUCGCGUCCAACUUUCUCCUCCGCUUCCUCCCCGCAACCGCGACCAUGAUCCAGCUCAUUGCCGCCGACCUCUCCGUGCCAGCACUUGUGCUGCGGCCGCCUUCGCUGCGGCUGCUCGGCGACGACAAUGCCAAAGAGAGUGGAAGCAAUGGUGGCAACGAAAGCUGGCGCAUGGUGAUGCUGCACAACAUGACGGACGACGAGUUGCUGCUGGCGGCAUCCAUGGCUCCACGGAUCAGCUCCCUGGUGCAAGGCGCGCCCAAGGUUGCGUUCAUGUUCCUCGUGCGUGGUGAGCUUCCACUGGCGCCACUGUGGGAGAGGUUCUUCCACGGGCACACAGGACUAUUUUCGGUUUACGUGCACCCUGAUCCGUCCUACCUCGGCUCGCCGGAGAAGGGGUCAGUCUUCUACGGCCGCCGGGUGCCCAGCAAGGAAGCUCGUUGGGGGCAAUCAAGCAUAGUGGAGGCCGAGCGCCGGCUACUCGCAAACGCUCUACUCGACACCACGAACGAACACUUCGUCUUACUAUCUGAGACAUGCAUCCCUCUCUACAACUUCACCACGGUCUACUCCUACCUCAUGCAUUCCACUGGUGCCACCUCCUUCAUCGACCUCUUUGACAACGCGAGUUCUCGCGGACGCUAUAAAAGAGCCAUGGCCCCAGCCAUCACGCCUGCUCAGUGGCGUAAGGGCUCCCAGUGGUUUGCUGUCGACCGGAGCCUCGCACUCCGGGUCAUUGAAGACGUGACCUACUUCCCGGUUUUCCAACGCCACUGCAGUGCACCUUGCAUCAUGGAUGAGCAUUAUCUGCCAACAUUUGUCGCCGCCUCUAGGUGCAAUGGGAAUGCAAAUCGUACACUAACAUACACCCGAUGGACGAGGGGACCACAUCCUGAUAGCUAUAACGAAGUAAGUGUUGGUCUUCUUGAGGGAAUGAGGAUCAACAAGAACUGCACCGAUGGUGGAGGGAACACAUCGGUUUGCUACCUCUUUGCCAGGAAGUUUCCAUCACGCGCGUUGCCGGAGCUGCUCAGGCUGGCGCCCAGAGUCAUGCGAUUUGGGUGAGAGCAAAAAAAACUGUAGUACAUUCUCAAAUUGAAGGACAUGUGAUCUUUUGUUGUGAAUUAGUGUGUGAUUUAUUGUACAACUAGAUAAAAAUUUGCCAUUGCAUUUGGUGUGU